GUGGAAGAGAUAUAAUAAUGGCCUCUUGUGGGAACCACAGUGGUAGGACUACAGAGUUUGUCCUGGCAGGGUUCCCAACUCUUAACAGCACAGGAGUGGAACUGUUUUCUAUGUUCUUUCUUAUUUACCUGUUGACUCUAACGGGCAAUGUGUUGAUUGUUGGGGUGGUAGGAGCCGAUCAUCGUCUGCAGACGCCCAUGUAUUUCUUCCUGGGUAACUUGUCCUGCCUAGAGAUUCUGAUCACCUCUGUCAUCAUUCCUAAGAUGCUAAGCAAUUUCCUCUCAAAACAACACACCAUUUCCUUUGCUGCAUGCAUUGCUCAGUUUUAUUUUUACUUCUUUCUUGGGGCCUCUGAGUUCCUCUUGUUGGCUGUCAUGUCUGUGGACCGCUACCUGGCCAUCUGCCGUCCUCUGCACUACCCCUUGCUCAUGAGCGGAGCUGUGUGCUUUCGUGUGGCCUUGGCCUGCUGGGUAGGAGGACUCCUCCCUGUGCUUGGCCCCACAGUGGCAGUGGCCUUGCUUCCUUUCUGCAAACAGGGCGCUGUGGUACAGCAUUUCUUCUGUGACAGUGGCCCGUUGCUACACCUGGCAUGUACCAACACCACGAAACUGGAGGAGGCUGACUUUAUCCUAGCCUUUCUUGUCAUUGUAUCCUCACUCACUAUUACCGCUGCCUCCUAUGGCCAAAUCGUCCUGGCCGUCCUGCGCAUUCCUUCCGCGUCAGGCCGGCAGAAGGCCUUCUCCACCUGUACCUCCCACUUGAUGGUGGUAACCCUCUUCUAUGGGAGUGCCAUUUUUCUCUACGUACGGCCGUCACAGAGUGGCUCCGUGGAUACUAACUGGUCAGUGACAGUGGUAACAACGUUUGUGACUCCGCUGCUGAAUCCGUUCAUCUAUGCCUUGCGCAACGAUAGAGUCAAGGAAGCGUUGAAAGACAUGUUCAGAAAAGUGGUAGCAGAGCUUUCCAACAACUGUUUACUUUCGGAAAGUCUGAAGAAGAAGAAGACAGUAAGUUGAAAGUAGAGGGACUCAGUCUCAGAUUCACACAGCCCCCACUGCCAGCUCUUCCUUCAUCUGGAACAUCAUGAAAGCAGCCACAGUGAGCU